CUUGUCAUUUCAUUCCUGGCUUGUUCACUAGUUAACUAGUUAAUUAACUAACUUAGCGUGCAUAUCCAGGACCGGACUGAAAAAAGGAGUAUUGUACGGAGUGCUCUGCACUCUGUACUCCGUAUCUGGAAGUUUGUGAUGAUCGCUCUAUGCAAGAGUCAAUGAGUAAUAGAGUAGUUCUUGGUAUUCCGUACGGAGUACUCCGUACAUCAAUGCCAUUAUGAUGGAUGGCAAUGUAGUGGCGCACCUGGGGCGGGACCACCGCUUGGCUGCGGUCUUCAAAGAUAAAAGUCGUUGCUCGCCCUGCAGAACUUCUGUACUGAGCUCCAUUCUCCGGACACAGAUUUAUACUGUGUUCAAAAUCGAAUUGAAAUACUCUGUGGUUCGACUGGCACCCAGCCUCCUCCCGCAAUUGCUCCUUUGCCAUGGUUUCUCUAUCUUUGCUCUUAUGUUCGGCCUUAGCCGGCCUUUUGCAUGUGGCAAGCUGCAUCGACGUGCCCGACCAGGCUCCAUUGACGGGUGACGAAUGCAAAUGCAAGCCGACGAGUCCUAAGCCGGUCUACGCCAUCGCCCACCGAGUAUUAACAGAGGAAGGCAUCCAGGCUGCUAUUGCCCAUGGCGCCAAUGCGAUUGAAAUCGACAUGACCGCUUGGAAAUCCGGCUGGUGGGCAGAUCACGAUGGCUUACCCACCAGCGGCAAUGUCACCGCCAAAGCUAUGUUUCGCGAGGUUGCUCGGCUCCGUGAAGACGGUGCACACCUGUCGUUUGUCUGGCUGGACAUCAAGAAUCCCGACUGGGCUAUCAGCGGCCGCUCCUCGGUCGCAUAUCUCCGAAAACUCGCCCGUGAGUAUUUAGAGCCUGCUGGGGUGCGUGUGCUCUAUGGAUUCUCCAACCCUCGAAACAGCUGGGGCUUCAAGGAGAUUCGCAAUUUCUUGAAUGCAAAUGAAUCGGUGAGCGUGUGGAUGGACUCGGGUGAUGCCAAGAAGAUCUAUGCCGGUGUUGGUAGAAGCAUCCCGGUUGCCCAGAGAGUGGUGGAUAACGGGCUAUUCUCUUUAUUCUGGAAACCAUAUAUCUUCGAUGAUCUCCGUCGAAGCUCUGAGGCUCGAGAUUGUUGCACGGUAGGAAAGGCGUUUGGAUGGACGAUACUCGCUGGACAAGACAGAUACGUUGAUAAGCUGCUGGGAUAUUCGGGAGUGGAUGGCCUCAUCUACGGUACUAUGGCCAAUGCAUACGAAGACUCGGAAGAUACCCGUGCAGCGGCUGCGCUGAUUUCCAACUGGAUCAAGAACCAUCCUGAUACUCAUCGCGUACCGACACAGGAUGACAAGCCCUGGUGA